AGUAGGUCCGGAUACCCGAACCCAUGCUUGAAUGGGAAGGGAAGGAGGGGAUGAAGCAUCAGGGCCAACCCCCAAAUUCUAAACCCAAAGCUAAUCCAAAAGUUUGAAACCAAAGUUAGUUCAGAGAGUAGAGGCGGGUGGAUUGGUUUUACACUUUUUAUAGUUUUACUUUAUAGGUUCCGUCCAAUUCCAAUCACUCCGACGCCAUGUCCACUUCCGAUCCCAACAAGCUCAUCUCCAAAGCCGACAAGCUAACAAAGCUGAGUCUUACAAGGUGGAGUGCUGAUUGGAAAAGUGCCACUGUUUUGUAUGAGCAAGCUGCCAAUGGAUUUCGAGUUGCAAGAAAUUAUGAGAAAGCAAAGGUGGCAUUCGAGAAAGCUUCACAAGGACAAGAGAUGCUAUCCUCGCCUUGGGAUGCUGCUAAGCACAUGGAGUCUGCUGCUGCUCUAGCAAAGGAACUACGCAACUGGACUGAAGUUAUUGACUUUUAUAGAAAGGCAUCUGAGCUAUACAUGCAGUGUGACAGACCACAACCUGCAUCUGAUGCACUGGCCAAGGGAGCACGUGCUUUGGAGGAUGCUUUGCCUGAUGAUGCCAUUCAACUGUAUACUGAUGCUUGUGUUAUUCUUGAAGAUGAUGGAAGGGAACAAAUGGCCUUUGAUCUAUAUCGUGCUGCCACUAGUGUUUAUGUAAAGCUUGAGAAGUACACAGAUGCUGCAGCUUUCCUUUUGAGAUUGGGCUUAGCAGCUGACAAGUGCAAUGCUCGAAAUAGUCAAUGCAAGGCAUAUCUUAGUGCAAUUAUUGUGUAUCUUUAUGCUCAUGACUUCAAGCAAGCAGAAAAGUGCUACAAUGACUGCUCUCAAAUUGAUGCGUUUUUAGGAAGUGAUCAGAACCGCUGUGCUAGUAAACUUCUUUCUGCUUAUACGGAAGGUGAUGUAGAAGAAAUCAAACGUGUGGCUCAGUCUAGUGCUAUUUCCAAUCUUGACAAUGUGAUCAUAAAGCUUGCAAGAAAGUUGCCUACUGGUGAUGUUAGUGCGUUUAAGACCGAUGCUGCUAACGAGGAAGAACAACUGGAUGAAAAUGACCUCACUUGAAUUCACCUUCACAAAGAUUCAUAACACUUGUCAUUUUGCAAUGAGUCUUCGAGUGCACAUACCAUCCUUAUAUGUAAUUACAAACAAACAUCUUUGGUUUAAUUUUUCUUAAUUUGUCAUGAUUUUCCAACUUAAAUGGUGUUCAUCUUGUAAACAGUUGCUUGUUAUACGAUUGGAGUGCCUAUAGUCUCCAAUUUUUUUAUUGUUAUGGUGGAAAUGUACUCCUAGUUCUUGGCCUA